AUGACUUACAAUCGGAUCGCUGUCUAUGGACAUCGGGGUUGGGUCAGCUCUGCUAUUUUUGCAGCUCUGGUGCAGUCUGGUGCCCCCAUCAAGGUUCUCUAUCGCGCUGGCUCCGACGUGAGUGACCUUCCUGAAGGUGUCGUUUCGGUAGAGGUCGACGUGGAGAAUCAACAAGCGGUUGAAUCUGCAUUGCAAGAUGUUGAUAUUGUCAUCUCCCUGGUUGGCGUUGAAGGUAUCACACGGCAACAUGGACUCGUGAAAGCUAUCCCCCAAACCAAUGUGCAGCUAUUUGUUCCCUCGGACCUCGCUCUCCGUUGGGAUGAACAGGGACUGCGAGUCCCUGCGAAUCAACUGAAAUCGGAGGUUGAGGAAGCAGCCAAGAAGGCUGGUAUUCCGACCACUAUUGUUCUCCCCGGCUAUUUUGCCGAAUCUCUCAUGAGUACUGGUAUGAUCGGAGUUGAUGUACUCGGGAAUCGAAUAGUCUUCACCGGGGAUAGUGAGCACCAAGUCGUGAACAUGUGCACGAGAGAGUACGUCGCGGCUUCAUACGCAGCGAUUUUCGCGACAACACCGAUCUCCCAACUUCAGAACAGGGUCAUCGGUCUAUCAGAGAUCCAGGCUACCGGAGCGGACGUUGCAAAAGCCUUGGAGAAGAGACACAAUGCUCCCCCAACCAUAUUCCGACACAGUUUGGAGGAAGCGGAUCGCCAGAUGCAACUGCGUUUGGACCGAGGCCGGCCUCUUGCGAUGGCAUGGUAUUGUCGCAAGCUCUGGGGAUCAGGAAGUGUACCAAGACUGAUUGGAUCGGACAUUUGGGAGAUACAGGACUACAGCAAGAAGAGCUUGGAGGAACUGAUUGUGGAUGGUAAAUUGGUUGCGUACCGUGAGGCUUCGCCGGCGUUCCUGGAGGCGGUUGAGGAAACUUUCUAUUAA